AUGGCGGCGACGGGUAACCUGGAGAUUCCCGGCUACUACUACGACAGCGCCAAGCGGAAGUACUUCCGCAUCGAAGACAGCCGGACGGCGCCGGUAGGAGCCGCCUGGUCGGCGCAAAAUGUGAAGCGGAGGGCACUCGAGGAGAAGGAACAGGCCGAGCGGCAGGAGAGGAUGCGGCGCGAGGCGCUGACGGUGAAGCGGGCACGGGCCUUGCAGGCGCCGCUGUUGGGAGGCUUGCUCAUGAGGGAGGCCGGAGUCACUGGCAGGGGCGGGGAUGCUGUGCCCAUCGGGGAGACCAUGGGCAAGGUGUUCGCGGGGGGGCUGAGGGCCAAGGGCGGAGUGAAUCUUUGGCCGCCCGCCGGCUCGGCAGCUAUGUCAUCAAUGUGGGUGGGAGGCGGCGACGAGCGGCGCGGCCUGGGCGUUGCCUAUGCCGUGUUCAACGAGCGGUUGCUGGCAUCCUCAUACAUCCCGCGAGACACCAAGGAAUGCAUCAACUUCAGCUACGCUGCUCAAACAUAUCCCAACAUCAGCUUCCAGCCAAGACACCGCUGGUACUGGGCUGAGUCCGUGGUCACCUCGGUGAAAUUCCACGAGCCAUCGCUGAGAUUACUUGUGGCUCGUCACUACAAAUCCGGCGGUCCGGUAACUAUCGAGCAGCUUAUACCUCCGAGCGACGCAACUCCGGCGUGGAUGGUGGACAGCGAUCCAUCCGGCAUCGACGUGCAAAUGGCCGAGCUCCGCGGAGACUCGGCCAACACCAUCUACGCCAUGGAACCCGCCCCGGCGAGCUCACCGCUAACCUGCAUCGCCGGAACAGACCGCGGCCUGAUCCAGCUGCGUGACGGCGAACUAACCUGCCUCACCCCGCCGGGACCACGCCGCGGCGGCUAUCCCGCCGGGCGCCGUCUUCAUCAACCUCCCCCCCGCCGCAGCCGCCACCACCAUGCCGACCCGGACAUCCUCCCCUGGCAACGCGACGUCCUCUCGGUGGCCUUCUUCCACCACCACCACAACAACAACAUCAACCCCGCCUCCUCCUCAUCCUCCUCCCUCCUCUCGUCUUCCACUGGGGCCGGACACCCCGACCUGCUCCUGGCGGGCACCCGCUCCGGGCACGUGUGCCUGCUGGACCUGCGCACGCCGCCGGCCGCGUGGACGGCCGCGCGCAACACGUUCCCGCACGCCAGCAGCGCCGCCCACGUGCGGCCCGUCGGCGCCUGGGGCGUGCUGGUGGCCGGCCCGCGCAGCAGCAUGGCGCUGUACGACGUGCGCUGGCUGGGGCGCGGGCGGGCCGGCGCUGGGAGCGCCAGCAGCGCGGGCGGCGGGCGUUGCUGGCCGACGCUGCCGGUGGUGGAGUUCCCCGCGUACCGGAACGCGGCGCACCUGCAGAUCGGGCUGGACCUGCUGCCGCCCGAGACGGGCUACGGGGCGGGGCUGGUGGCGGCGGCGCACGACGACCGGACCGUCGGGCUCUACUCACUGGGGGACGGGGCGAGGGUGGAUGGCGGCGACGUGGACGGGCUGGAGGCGUCGGCGGUGGUGCGCUGCUUGAUGUGGCAGACCUUGCCGGGCGAGAAGCAUCCGGGCCUGUUUGUCGGCGAUGGGCAGUGGAUCCGGAAGUACUCUUUCUGGGCGUAA